UUUGUUAUAGGCUACUGGUAAUGCUGGACAAUUCAUCCGUAUAUGUCUCUAAAAAUACGUUAUUACCUUCAUUAAACUUUUGUUUUAACUACAACUUUAGCAGCUGAUAAAGAACUGAAGAUGGAGACUCUUGGAUCGUGUGACUCAGAUCACAUAAGGAUUGUACUUUUGGGUCCGAAGAAUGCCGGGAAAAGUUCAGCAGCAAACACUAUCCUGGGGAAAAAGGAGUUUGACUUAAAAUCAACUUUACAAAGUGUGGAGAAAUCUGCUCAGAUAUCGGACAGUAAACUCACAGUGGUCGAUACGCCUGGCUGGUGGGGACCUUUAUCUUAUGAUGAAAACACCGAACUGUACAAGCAAGAAAUACUCUUGAGCUUUACUCGAUGUGCACCCCAUGUCUUGCUCCUGGUUUUAAAUGUGGAAACACCAUUUAAACAAAAAGAAAAAAAUGUUCUUUGUGAAAAUAUGAAAAGUUUUGGUGAGGAUGUAUGGAGGCAUACAAUAGUGUUGUUCACUUGUAUGGAUGGACCUAGAGCUGAACAGUUUAUAAAAAGUGAAAGUAAAACUAUCCAGUGGCUCCUAAAGAAAUGUGAGAGCAGGUAUCAUAUUCUUAAUAUUAAAAACCGAGAUGAUGGAUCUCAGAUCACAGAACUGCUUAACAAAAUACAGAACAUAGUGAAAGAAAACAAUGGAGGACAUUAUGAAAUAGCCAAAGAGACUUUGCAAUGUUUGGAAGAGAAGAGGAGAACACAGGAGAAAAAAGCAGAAGAAAGAAGAAUAAGAAGUGUGAACAAACCAGUUGAAAAUAAACAUCACCUGUCAGAGUUGAGGAUUGUGCUCCUGGGGUACAAUGGAGCAGGAAAGAGUUCAACCGGAAACACCAUCCUGGGCAAAUCUGCAUUUGAUUUAAAACGAUCCAUUACAUCUGUCAAAAAAGAUGGAGAAGUGUCAGGAAGACGCAUCACUGUAGUCGAUACUCCAGGAAGAAGGAGAAAUUUCUGUUCAAAAUACUCGCCCAGGCUCUAUAAAGAUGAAAUCGUAUUGAGUUCCUCACUUUGUCCUCCAGGACCUCAUGUCUUUCUGCUGGUCAUACGAGUGGAUGUCGCAUUCACCGAAGUGUACAGACAAGCAGUGGAAGAACAUGCUGCUUGUCACGGUCACGAAAUCUGGAAACACAUGAUCGUUCUCUUUACAUUUGGUGACUGGCUGGGGGAAACAAGCAUUGAGCAGUUUAUUGAGAGUGAAGGAGAAGCUCUUCAGUGGAUAAUAGAGAAAUGUGGGAACAGGUAUCAUGUCUUCAACAAUCAGAAUAAAGAUGAUGCCAAUGGAGUGACCAAGCUUUUUGGGAAAAUAGAAGAGAUGAUUGCAGGAGCCAAAGGAGAAAUAUAUGAGAUAAACAAUCAAAACGUAGACAAUGUGAAACAAAGAAGAAGAAAAGUAGAAGAAAAAGCAAAACAGAUGAAGGACGAAAUGCAAAAAAGAAAUGCAGUCAGACAUUUAAUGUCAGAUACAGAACAUUUCGACAUGGGAAUGGUGUUGUUCGGGCCAUACUGUUCUGGCAAGAUUUCAACAGGCAACAUCAUUUUGGGUAGAGAGGCGUUUUUGAGAUCAGGACGGAAUGUGAAAGAAAACGGGGAAAAUGCUGGAAGGAAACUCACCGUUGCUUAUACACAAGGUUUUAAGAAAGAUUCCCCUUUUUACAAGACAAUUCAAGAUACUAAACUCAACCUCUUGAGAAGUGUUAUGGAUUGCUCCAUUACACACGCAUUAAUUUUAACCCUGUGUGUCGACUGUUCGUUUUCUGAGGAAGACAAGAGCGCCAUAGAGAAAAUCAUGGAGCCUCUCGGUGAAAGAGUCUGGAGUUAUACUCUGGUCCUCUUCACUGAUAGAGAUCAACUGGGAGACACUCCAAUAGAGUUAUUCAUUGCAAGUGAAGGUGAUGCUCUCCUGUGGCUCAUUGAGAAAUGUGGAAACAGGUAUCAUGUCCUUAACAUCAAGAACAGGUGUGAUGAUGGGUCACAGGUCACCAAACUGCUGGAGAAGAUAGAGGAGAUGAUGACAGUGAACGGAGGACGUCAUUAUGAAAUAGACAAAGAGAGUUUAGAGAAGGAAGAAAGACAAAUCUCUGUAUCCAUCAGAAAAACACAGAGUAUGGAUGAUCUAAUGGGAUUUUCCAAAGGAUGCACUCCUACAUCAGGAAUAGGUUCGGAGAUCAAAGCCUCUACUGCAGAUUCACAUGUUUCACAGAAAUCAGGAACAAGCUCAGGAUUGUAUUCUCUUGGCUCUGUUCCUGAGUUAGAUGAAAUAUUUGAUAUGGAUCCUUAGCUUUACAGUAUUUUGGGUUUGUAGAGCUUGGUAAAUUAAGAAAAGCAUUCAACUGUAACUAUAACACAAUCUUAGUACUUUCUUGAACACUACAAUUUUAUUAGAAUAGUUUAAAUUGGCAUUUGUCUCGUAAAUGUAUUUGUUUUACCUGUCAUAUGUCUCAUCACUGUCAAGAAUGUUAUGAUGAUCAUAAGGUUUUUCAACCUGUACUGUUGCAGUUGUGUGCAUGACUGAAUGUCAGUAAAGGGGUUUGGUGUGAUUUAAUUUAAUAUUUUGUUAACCAUUACAAUUGUUCUAUUACAAAUAUAAAAUGGCUCUUUUAAUUGCUUUAGUAUUUGUGAUUUAAUUAAAUAGUUUUAGCAUGAUGUUUUAUGCCAUAUACAGUUUCAGUACAAGACAUGGGCUGCAUCUCAAUCGGCUCCCUUGUUCAGUGUCAGAGCACUGAUCAGGGGUACGUUUCCCGAAAGCAACUAUGGUCGCAAGUUGGUAACAGCGACCAUAGUUAGCUGACAAUGCUUUUGGAAAACGUACACCAGGGAGUCGGACACUUUAAGGGCUAUCUGAAUUGCAAAAUCCUUCCAGUGUACUGGACCAUUUGUUCACUUAAAAUUCCCACAAUGCAACGCAAAAACCAGUGAGCACUAAAUAGGUGUGUUUGAGAUCAUCCGGCGCUGCGCAGACCGAUCGGCGAGGUUUGCCGUUUGCAGUCGAGGGAGGAACUGAAGACGGAGCCGUCAAGCCAGACACCUGCUGCUUGCCGUAGUGACGUGUGCGCCAUGUUUC